AUGAGUUUACCUGAAGCCGAUGGAAUGCGGGCAAGGGCCAACAGCAACGGUGGUGGUUGCUUAGACCAUGAGAUAAUAUCAAGGGCAUAUGGCGAAGAUGGGUGUGAGAUACCGCUAGCCUUCAACGAUCACAACCUCAGAGCAGAAUGGUCGAGUGCAACCAAUCUGGGCGCGAAGAUUCCAACUCACACUGGUUCAUCUUCUACUUCACUGGCCCCACCACUCGGCUUGAGCAGCCCUGGCUUCGAGCUGCCUGCAAACCCGGUCACGCUUCCGCAAGCCACGUGGGAUCCACUCAUCUUUCCGAGCCAAUUGGAGCAGAUGAACUUGGGGAAUCCGGCUUCGGAUGAUUUCUUAAGGCAUCAAUUCGAUUUUUUGAACACCAACAGCCAAACUGAGCUCUUGAGCUAUGAUUAUAACCAGCCAGUCAUGGUUUCGAGCCCGACCUGCCAGCUCUCGGAAACAGACUCGUUUCUUCCUUUCGAAAACAGCACACAAACCAGCGCUACCUAUCAUCAAAUGUCCUUACCAAAUCCGAAUAUCUUCUCGAAAGCAACAGAAAGUCGAGAAAUUUCACCUUUCAUGCCCUUCAGCCAAGAAGCCGCCUCCGGCUUGGCCGUCUGUUCAUCUGCGUCACAGCCUCUCCCAAUACUUUCGCCUCCUCUGGGCCUUGAUUAUUAUACUCUAGAAACCAGUCGUGCCGCCCCAUUGAUAGGCUCGAAACGAUCAUUGCCCAUAAUGAAUCGAGGAGAGAUGUCCCAAAACGCGCAUGAGAUCAAAGAAAGUUUGCUUGGAUUCGAAGGCCGUGGAGGACCAGGCUUGAUGCAUGAUUUCAACGUCUUACCCAACACCACCUCGAAAUAUCCUAUCGAAAGCUUCCACGAAACCGGUGAGAGCUCCUCCCAUCUAUCAUGGGAUAUGCGGACGCGAUCCUCCUCUUCCCGUUCGCCAUCCUACGAUCAAUCUUCGAGUGAGCAUGUCAAAUACCCACUGGCAGACGCGAACACUUCCGAUUACCAUCAAUCAUCUCAUCUUCUCUCGUCCCUUCAUCCCACAGAGUUUUCUCCUCACAACCUCCCCGCCCGUAGUGGUGCUUAUCAACCCGAGAAAAGUACGACCUCUGGGAAAAAACAAAAUUCGCCUCAAGUGUCUGGAAGUAGAGAUUACCAGACUAAUCAAAAACGUGUAGGAAGUUUGAUCGACAUCCAUCAUCUGACGAACCAUGUCCCAAGAAGGCGGUUAACUGUAGAGCAGGAACAGAUACUUUUGAGACGUUUUGCCGUUCAAGAGUAUCUCAGUAAACGGGAAAUGGAAGAGCUCGCGGAGAAGUUGAAAAUACCCACGAGUCAAUUGCGGACAUGGUUUGGGAAUAGGAGAUCGAAGCUCAAAGCUGCUGCCAGGCAGAAGGCAAAGAUGGAGGCGGGAAUGGGGCACUUGACUGACGCCGAGCUGAGAAGUCUCAACAAAAGGAGCUAAGUGGGGGAUACACGAUGGAAACCGGUUCUUAAUAUAAGCUUCAAUGGAGCCAAAGAAAGAAGAUCUGUCUUUCUCCUCUCCUCUCGGGACUGGGAUGUUGUUUACUCGCCUCAGUGCACGGUUUUUUCUGUGAGGAUACCAGCGUUGA